AUGGCCGGAUUCGGCUCGCUGCCACCGCCGUCUCCGCCGUUCCCUUUGGCAAAGAAACAGAAGUCCUCAAUUAACGACGUUAACGACGAUAUACUCUACCUGAUAUUUGCCUCUCUAGACGUUUUGGAGCUCGUUGGCUGCUCUGCCGUUUGUAAAUCAUGGGGUUCAUUGUUUGAAAGAUUCAAUUUGCUGCUAUCAAAGCUUUAUAACCCGCAGUUAAUUGAGCAAUUGGCCAUGGAACGGCACAGAUCGUCGUUGGUGGGGGGCUCUGCUAGCGUGUUUCAGUGGAUAGGCCAUUCUUCAAUGGAUGGGAAUGCUCGGGUUUUCGACAUAUACAGCAGGCGUUGUUGCCGAGUCAUGAAAGUGCAGUCUGUACCAGUGACUUGCUUAUCUCUCAAUGAAGGUCAACUGCUCAUGUGUGGUUCAUCUUUUGGAGCUAUUUCAAUCUCAGAUUUUUCAUCUGAUCGACCAGGAAUGAUGUUGGUGUCGAAGAGUUUGGCGGAAAUAAAGACGCUGUGUUUCAACCCUGGCUCCACUCCAAGUUGCUGGAGGAACAAGGACACGUCAGUGCUAGUUGUUGGUGGAAUAGAUGGUGUUUUGAGAAUCCUUGAUCAGAAUACCGGUGAAGUGUUAUCCAGAUGCAUCGUGGAUGAGAGUAACCGUUCAUCUGUUCAAUUAAAGGGCGGUGGGGGUCAUCAGGUCAUUGAAAAGAAGGCCGUGAGAAGGCUACAGAAAGAUGAGCGCCUUGAUCUUAUGUCUGUAGCUUCUCGGCCAUCUAUUACUUGCUUGGCUGUAGGAAUGGAGAAGGUUGUGACAAUGAAUAAGGAUAAAUGCAUCAGGAUGUGGAAAUUCUUGAACUAA